CCACUAGUGGCACCAGAGGAGAGUGUGCACUUAUGAGCAGCUGCCUGUUUCUUAAACUUUGUCGAUUUAUCUUUUCCAGACAGAAAAAAACGGCAGAAUGUACAAUUUGUCAGGAGCAGUGACCGAUAUGUACGACAACUACAGUUAUGACGACUUGGUGUCCUCUAUGCCAUGUGUCAAGUCCCUAAAUGGAGUAAAUGGCACUGGGAUUGUUAUUAGCUACAUCAUUGUGUUCUUCCUCGGUCUCAUGGGGAACAGUGUAGUGAUGUUUGCCGUGGGCACCAUGAAGAAGCACAGAACAUCUACUGACAUCUACCUGAUGCACCUGGCAUUUGCUGACCUCCUAUUCUCGCUCACGCUGCCCUUCUGGGCCGUCUACAUCAACGAAUCAAAUUGGGUUUUCGGCACUUUUCUGUGUAAGUUGCUCUCGGGUGCCCAGGAGGCAGCAUUCUACAGCUGUAUCUUCCUGCUGGCGUGUAUAAGCAUCGACAGGUACAUGGCCAUUGUCAAAGCCACUCAGUUCCUUUCAAAGCAGCACCAUGUAGUGAGGUUGGUGUGUGUUUCUGUAUGGCUAGGAGCCACUGUGUUGUCCAUUCCCAUCAUGGUUCAGAGAGAGGCACUGCAACUAAACGGCUAUGGUGGGAUGCAUUGCUAUGAGAACAUUACAGCGGAGAAGCUGGAUGAGUGGCGAUUUGGAUUGCGAGUUGUCCGUCACGUCCUUGGCUUUUUCCUUCCUCUGACAGUCAUGCUGGUCUGCUACGGCUGCACAGCUGGAACCCUCUUUCGCUCACGUAAUAGCCAGAAACACAAAGCAAUGAGAGUGAUCUUGUGUGUGGUGCUGGCUUUUAUCAUAUGUUGGCUGCCUAAUAAUGUGACUGUCUUUGUGGACACACUGAUGCGAGGGGGGCUUAUCCAGGACACAUGCCAGAAUCGAAGUAAUGUGGGGAGGGCCAUGUAUUUCACGCAGGCUUUGGCCUUCAUGCAUUGCGCCAUCAAUCCCAUCCUCUACGCCUUUGUGGGCAAGAAGUUCAGGAAACAUCUGCUGACUUUGGUUUCAAAAAAGGGACUUUUAUCCAGAGAGGCGCUCGUUCGCCUUCGUGCUGGCUCAGUCUACAGCUCUGGAAGCACCAAACAUACUUCUGUCACACUGUAGAGGCAUACAAUAACCUUCAUGUUUUUUUAUUGCUUUUUUUAUAAGCUUGAAGAUUUGCAGCAUGAUAGAUUAUAUGCUCACCUCACCCAGGACUUUCUGCAGAUCACACACAACAUAAGUAUAUGUGAAAAUUUGGCCAUCAUGGAUUCCUGAUAAGGGGGGCAUACCUCUAUCUUGGCAUACCUUAAGAGGACAUAUUCACAAUUAUUCAUGCUAACACUCCUUUAAGAACAGCUUCAGUUAUAAUCAUGGAUGUUCUUAAUCUAUACCGUUAAUGGCAUUGUUAUCAUGAUCAAAUCUGACAGGAAUUCUGAGGAAUUUUUCAAGCAUAAAUGUUUAAAAUCAUCACUUAUCUAAUGGUACCUAGCUCGCCACUAUGCGAUACAUGAUCAAACUUUAAGCAUUUAAAAAAAAAAAAAUGUUCAUCAUAAUCUCUACAGCUAAUGCUUAUUAACUAGCAAACAUGAACAAACCUGACUGGGAUUUUGAGAGGAUUUUUCUGUACCGUUAAUUAAUAUUUCUAAUCUACAUGCUAAGAGGAGUUAGCCGCCAAACAUGGCCAGAUUUUUGCAAGUUAAGUCACUAUGAUUACCUUUUUCAAUCUUUACAGCUAAUUGAUCAUGUUAGAUAAAAAUUGUAAA